GACAAUGUGUGUCGAUACGACGAAUCUGCGGGUCUGGCUAAAGUCACUGGCAUAAUGAAGCUGCCUGAAGGAAACGAGACGGCUCUCCAGAUCGCAGUAACAACCGCAGGCCCAGUGUCAGUAGCCAUUGAUGCAGAUCAUCAAGGGUUCAUGAUGUACAAGCGCGGAAUCUACACCAACCCCCGCUGCUCGAGCCAAGAACUGGACCAUGGAGUCUUGGCGAUAGGUUAUGGCACAGAAAACGGAUUGGACUACUGGCUGGUGAAGAACAGCUGGGGCAUACAUUGGGGAGACCAUGGUUACAUCAAAAUGGCUCGAAACAAGAAGAAUAUGUGCGGUAUCGCUACAAUGGCAAGUUAUCCGAUGCUCUGA